AGUAUGAGGAAAGGCUAUAACCCCACUUCGAGCCCCGGUGUUGGUGCCAUCAUUAUUAGACGCUUAUUCCAGCUGACUAUGUGCGAGAGGCAGGAUUCUCACCCCUAAAAGGCCCUGAAGACGUCGCCGUUCAUUCAUAUAGUGAUAAGAGAACCAUCUUAACGCGCAUGCGCUCCGAUGGGUGGAGCGCAUGCGCACUAGUUAAAAGGUCACCACAGACUGUUUUCAGAGCUCCGCUUGACAAAAGAGCUCCCCAAGAACAUGGCUACGUUUAGCGUCGCUCUCGGGCGCACUGGCUGGAGAGUGACACAGAAAGGGCUUCCAGUUAUCUCAGCACCACAAUGUUUUAAUGGCAGAAUAUGUCGGUGCCGUCACGUCGUUAAUGUAAGGCGAAUGUUCAGCUCUCAACCACACAACUCCAAGGUGCCAGCAGCUGCAACCUGGAAGCCAAUCCAAGAGGAGCAACUUCCACCGCCGACACGAGUACCAGCUGACCUGGUGGACAAACUUGAGCGUCUGGCCUUGGUCGACUUCCGGAAUAAAGAGGGCGUGGCCUGUUUGGAAAAAGCCAUCCGCUUUGCAGAUCAACUUCAUGUUGUGGACACGUCCGGAGUCAAGCCCAUGGAUUCGGUUCUGGAGGACAGAGUUUUAUACCUGAGGCAUGACGCAGUGACGGAAGGCAACCAUGCAGAAGAACUUCUGAAUCUCUCCAAAACCACAGUAGAGGAAUAUUACAUGGCACCACCAGGAAAUAUUCCUUUAGCAAAGAGGGAAGAGCGGGUCGCCAUGUUGCAACACUCUGAAUUCUGACAUCUUGGACUUUUGUUUGUUUUGUAAAGCUUAUUAUCCCAUCUGACUUUGGGCGAGGGUCAUGGUGCAAAUCAAUGACAGGAUACACGUAAACAAACAUUUACCUUCCUACUCACACCUGUGGACAAUUUAGAGUCUACUAUUACCCUAACAUGCAGGAUGUGGGAGCAAAUUGGAGUUCCUGGAACAACCCACACAAGCACGAAGAGAUUUCACAUCCUUGUCUGUGCAGGGUGUUUUCUUUUUUUGUGUAAACCAUUUAUCUUGCAGUAGAGUUUCAAUAGAAACAGUAAAUGAGUAGAGUGCACCAAAAAGAACAUUCAAGCGUCUUUCACUUUUUAAAAAUAUCUGUUCUGGUCAUUUAGUUGAAAAUAUAUUUGAAGGGUUCUUGUAUAAAUUGCUAAUCUUUGCUUUUUCACAGCAAGACUUUUUCAUUAGUUUAAAGUCCCUUUAUUAGAGCUAUGACAUUUGCUCAUAUUUUUUUAAUUUAGCGGCUGUCAGUCAGCGUAGCAUCUCAGGUUGAAAGGAUGGUCUCCUAAUCUGAUGGUUCACAAUCUUAACUCACCUUGUAUGUGAACACAUAAGAGCUACACCAAUUAGUAACUUAUCAAUCGUGUUCUACAUUAAUCUUUUACUUUCAUUUAUUGGACCAUAUAUGAGGUAGAACAGUGUUUCUUAACCAUAGUUAGACAGCCUAAAAUAUCCGUUUCUCAACUGUGGUCCGUAUGACAUACUUGCCAACCUUGAGACCUUAAGUACAGUUUUUUAAUUGAGCUGCUGCAUUUUUUGGUUGGGUUGUUUAUUUAUUUUGAGUAACUUCUACAUUUCAAAAAGGGGAGGAAUGUAAUAGAGUGAUCUGUUUGUCUGUUGCCAUCUCCUGGUGAAUGCUGGCUAUAGCGUACUGGGGUUACUUUUUGGUUGGCCAACGAUUUACGUGGUGUUGCGCACCUGACGUCAAGUGUGUGAGUCUGUUCUGAAGUCUACAGUAAAGAGACGUACUUCAU